UGAUGAAGACCAGAGAGGAAGGAGAGCUGCCCAAGACCCUGACUGAGAUGUACAUCCACUUCCUAGUGGUUCAGACCAAAGUGAAGAACAUCAAGUAUGAUGGAAGAGCUGAGACAGAUCAUCACUGGAGUCCAGAGAGCAGGAAGAUGAUUAAAUCUCUGGGAAAAAUGGCUUUUGAUCAGCUGCAGAAAGGCAACCUGAUCUUCUAUGAAUCAGACCUGACAGAGUGUGGCAUCGAUAUCAGAGCAGCCUCAGUGUACUCAGGAGUGUUCACACAGAUCUUUAAAGAGGAGAGAGGACUGUACCAGGACAAGGUGUUCUGCUUCGUCCAUCUGAGUGUUCACGAGUUUCUGGCUGCUCUUCAUGUCCAUCUGACCUUCAUCAACUCUGGAGUCAAUCUGAUGGCAGAACAACAAACAACUUCCAUGCUGUCUAAAGUCUUCAGAGAAAAACCUAAACUCAUACAUCUCCACCAGAGUGCUGUGGACAAGGCCUUACAGAGUCCAAAUGGACACCUGGACUUGUUCCUACGCUUCCUCCUGGGUCUCUCACUGCAGACCAAUCAGAGACACCUACGAGGUCUGCUGACACAGACAGGAAGUGGCUCACAGACCAAUCAGGAAACAGUCCAGUACAUCAAGGAGAAGAUCAACCAGGAUCUGUCUGCAGAGAGAAGCAUCAACCUGUUCCACUGUCUGAAUGAACUGAAUGAUCGUUCUCUAGUGGAGGAGAUCCAACAGUCCCUGAGUUCAGGACGUCUCUCCACAGAUGAACUGUCUCCUGCUCAGUGGUCAGCUCUGGUCUUCAUCUUACUGUCAUCAGAAGAAGAUCUGGACGUGUUUGACCUGAAGAAAUACUCUGCUUCAGAGGAGGCUCUUCUGAGGCUGCUGCCAGUGGUCAAAGCCUCCAACAAAGCUCUACUGAGUGGCUGUAACCUCUCAGAGAGAAGCUGUGAAGCUCUGUCCUCGGUUCUCAGCUCCCAGUCCUCCAGUCUGAGACACCUGGACCUGAGUAACAACAACCUGCAGGAUUCAGGAGUGAAGCUUCUUUCUGUUGGACUGCAGAGUCCACACUGUACUCUGGAAACUCUCAGACUGAGUGGCUGUAACCUCUCAGAGAGAAGCUGUGAAGCUCUGUCCUCAGUUCUCAGCUCCCAGUCCUCCAGUCUGAGACACCUGGACCUGAGUAACAACAACCUGCAGGAUUCAGGAGCGAAGCUUCUUUCUGUUGGACUGGAGAGUCCACACUGUACUCUGGAAACUCUCAGGGUGGAGCCUGGUGGAGUCCGAUGGUUGAGACGAGGUCUGAGGAAGUAUUCCUGUGAACUCACUAUCGACACAAACACAGUAAACAGAGAGCUCAAACUGUCUGACAACAACAGGAAGGUGACAUAUGUGGAGGAGGUUCAGUCAUAUCCUGAUCAUCCAGACAGAUUUGACUACUGGCCUCAGCUGCUGUGUAGAACUGGUCUGACUGGUCGCUGUUACUGGGAGGUCGAGUGGACAGGAGGGGUUUAUAUAUCAGUGAGUUACAGAGGAAUCAGCAGGAGAGGAAACGGUACAGACUGUGUGUUCGGGGGGAAUCAUCAGUCCUGGAGUCUGGACUGCUCUGCUGGUCGUUACUCUGUCUGGUACAAUAACAAAGAAACACUCCUCUCCUCGUCCUCCUCCUCGUCCUCCUCCUCCUCCUCCUCCUCCUCCUCUGUCUCUGGUAGAGUAGCAGUGUAUGUGGACUGUCCUGCUGGCACUCUGUCCUUCUUCACAGUCUCCUCUGACACACUGAUCCACCUCCACACCUUCAACACCACAUUCACUGAACCUCUUUAUCCUGGGUUUGGGUUCUGGUCUUCUGGUUCCUCAGUGUCUCUGUGUUCUCUGUAGGAGUGAGAGUCUCCUCCUGUUAGAGAAACCUUCUCACUGCUGAACACAUCAGUUGAGUGUGUACAGGAUGUCACACAGCUGAUGUUAGUUCUGUCCCACCAUGUGUCCCUGGUUAGAUUCUGGUGGGGGACCUUUGCUUUAUGUCCCACCCCUCUCUGUCUCUCUCUGUGUCCAUGUUUGUUGUCUGCAGCCCCGACGUAUCUGUAAAGGCAACAUGUAAAUGAUGGAUUAUCAAAUCAAUCAUUGUUUAUGACACUGAACUUCUGAACACAUUGUCCCUGACUGUGUGUGAAUAAAGACUUUAUACUGCUGACUC